ACCGGCAUCCUCUCAAAACAUCAGACAUCGAUUUGCUGAUCCUCGUGAUCAGUCGCCAGCUAUUCAAGUGGUUAGUGUACCUGCUGCUUCCGCGGCCAAGGUCAAGUGCAAAGUGUUUGUAUGUGCGCGUGUGUAAGUGAGGUGCUUCAUACGUAGUUACGACCGCCCACCAACGAUUAGUUGAUCAGGCAAAGCUGUUCAGUGGAAAGGAAUGAAGGUCCUUUCAGUAGUGGUGAUAUGCUGUGGCAUUUAUUCAGUGAAUUGUUAUGGACCCCCUCCUAAAUCAAAGAAAGGAAAAACCACUACAACCACAACUGAGGCUUCUCCAUCAGAUGAUGGAAUCAUUUUUCCAGAUCAAGAUAAUAAUGUGAACCCAGUGAGCUACAUACAAAACAAUGGUGUAGGGUCCUAUGGUGGUGGCAAUCCCAAUUAUCAGUCGACAAAUGGUGGAUGUGGAGGAGGCCCUACUGGUAGUUGUGGUAGACCACAAGGUCAGCCAUCAUAUAGUCCUCAAGGACAACAGCCCUCAUAUAACCCUCAAUACCCUCAAGGGCAGUCAUCAUACAAUCCACAAACUCCUCAAGGACAACAAGGUCAACAACCACAACAACCGUCAUAUAACCCACAGAACCCUCAAUUGCCUUCAUACAACCCUCAAGGGCAAAAGCCACAAUCUCCAUACAAUCCCCAAGGACAACAACCACAACAGCCAACAUACAACCCUCAAUACCCACAAGCAAAACCACCACAGCAGCCAUCAUACAACCCACAAUACCCUCAAGGACAAUCGCCUCAACCAUCCCCACAAAAACCUGGAGGAAACUACUGGUGGCAAGGAGAUUCUUCUCCUUUCAAUCCUCAACAACAGCCUGCUUCACUUCCACCACAAUCUUCAGGAAAUAAUGUUCCCCCUUCAAAUGUUGGACCCACUGCUCCCCCCAAUUCAGGUCCAAAUCAUCCUGGUACUUCUCAGCCUGGGCCAACUCAUCCUGGACCAAAUCAUCCUGGGGCACCUCAGCCUGGGCCAACUUAUCCUGGAUCAAAUCAUCCUGGGGCACUUCAGCCAGGGUCAACUCAUCCUGGACCAUCUCAUCAACCUGCAGCAGGUUCACCACCAAAACCAAUUGAUAUACAGAACAACCCAUUCCUAAGCUCAGCUCUUGGUGGGAAUAAGCCCAGCUCUUGUGGGGGCAGUUAUGGUGGUGGAGCCUGCAACCCUCAACCUCCAAGCCAAGGAGUUCAACCCCCCAGCUUGCCUCCAAGCAACCAACCAAUUGCCUGUAGACCUGGCGCCAGCAGUGGCUGCAGCUCUGGAUCACCUCCUUAUUCACCACCACCUCCUCAAGGAUCACCAUCAAACCCAAUAGCAGGUCAACCAGCUAACUCUCCCCCUAAGCCUGUUGAUAUUGGUAACAAUCCAUUCCUAAGCUCUGCUUUGAACAAACCAGCUGGAUGUUCUGGAAGUUACUCAGGAAGCUGUGGAAGCAAUCCAACCAAUCCACAAGGGCAAAUCCAAUAUCCCCAACAACCACAAUAUUUAGGACCCCAACAACCAGUGAAUAUUGGUCAAGGAAGUCCUCAAACUCCUGGAUCACAAUCGAAGCCACUGCAUCCUGGACUCAGCCAGAUUCCUGGACCUCAACAAUCAGUACAGUCACCAGACCCAGGCUCUCAACCACCUCAAGGAAAUCCUCAAUAUCCAGAUAACCAGAAACCUGGACAACCACAAGGAGGUCAGCAAUACCCAGGAACAAGCCAAUACCCAAAUCCUCAACAGCCUGGAAGUCCACAAUAUCCAGGAGGCAAUCAAUAUCCAAACAAUCAACAACCAAGUCAGAGCAGCCCACAAUAUCAGAAGCCAAGUUAUCUGGGACAACCACAGGGAUCUCAGAACUAUCCAGGCAACAAUCCAAGCCAGCAGGGCCCAGCUCCUCAAUCAGAAUUGCCCCUCAAAUACCCAGGGGCUCAUUCAGGCAGCCCCAAUUCUCAAACUCCAGGCAGUGGAUAUAAUCCUCAACAAUCAGGUCAACAGACAACCGUGAACAUUCCAGGAAGACCGCAGCAAUAUCCCAACCCUGGCUCACAAGGGAAACCCUCCUACCCUCAGUACGGCAGUGGAGCAUCCCCUGGCCAGCAAUACACUCCACAGUUUCCUUCCUCGACUGUCCCUUGCAAUCAAUACAAUCAGCUGUGUGUUGCAAAAUCGGCUUGCCAACAAGGCGUUCUAACUCAGACCGGCGUACCUGGUAGGGCUGGGUACUGUAAUGCUGCUACUGAGGUUUGUUGUAAAAUCCCAACUGGAGCCACACCGGACAAACAGUCUCCUCCCACUAUUGGCUAUGGAAACAUCCCAGGAACCAAUGGAAUACCACUUGGAGGAUCGAUUUAUGACAUGACUCCAAAGCCUUCAUUGAACAGUGUAACACCUGCUCCAACUCAACAGCCCUACACUGGAGCAUUGAACACAACCCCCUACCCGGGAUGCCCGGCUGCUCUGAAGUGUGUGGCCAUCACCUACUGCACAGUGGAGGGAGUGAUGGCUGACAAACCCGUCUACCUCACCCGCGAGCAGCAGGAGAACAGAGUGCCGUUGACUGACUGCAUGAAUUUGGAAACGAACACACAAGGCAAGUGCUGCAGAGACCCGAACUACAAAGACCCGUGGCCCGCCGGCAUGAUGAUGGGAAAGACGCCGGCUGGCGGACAAUUCGAUGACGGCCAGUAUCACCCACCGGCCACUGAUGACGGCCAAUAUAAGCCGCCCGCCGAGCCCGAGACAUCCGGCACUUUCAGUCACGAAGCUGGACUCUACUACAAUAAUCCAUCAUCAACCCCUAAAGGACACACCAUAAAGAAGCCAAUCGGUAAUUUCAACCAAAACCCAACUGCAUUCCCAACAAAACCGGCGUUUGUGAAUGGUGCACCAGCGAGGCAGCCUGCUCCAGUGCAUGAGAACGAGUAUCCCGAAGGAGUGAGCCCUCCAUCCAAUGACAUCCUGCCGCCCAAUCAAGUCCCACUCAAUUCUGAUACAAAACUGCAGCCAGCCGGUCAAAACUAUCAAACAGGAGGUCAAACUUACCAACCAGGGGGUCAAAACUAUCAGCCAGGUCAAGUGAAUCAAUCUGACAAGCCUAAUCAGCCAAACCCAGGUUCAUAUAGCCCAGGAUCAACAUACCAACCAGAUCAAGUGAAUCCAGCUGACAAACCCAAUCUGCCAAACCCAGGUUCAUAUAGCCCAGGAUCAACAUACCAACCAGAUCAAGUGAAUCCAGCUGACAAACCCAAUCUGCCAAACCCAGGUUCAUAUAGCCCAGGAUCAACAUACCAACCAGGUCAAGUGAAUCCAGCUGACAAACCCAAUCAGCCAAACCCAGGUUCAUAUAGCCCAGGAUCAACAUACCAGCCAAAUCCCAAAGGGACAGCUUCAAAUCCUGAUCAGCCUUCCUUCCAGCAACAGCCACCAAAUGGACAGCCCCUAUUCCAACCAAACACUCAGAAUGGAGAGAAACCAGUGAGUGCCUACCAGCCUGGACAACCUGAUACUAACAGUUAUCAGCCAGUUCCAGCCCCAAUCGGUCUGCCACGUCCCGCAUCGACUUGUGGAAAAAGACUCAAGGAGACGCACAACGCAUCACCGGGAGACGCCGGUUUCGCUGAGUUUCCUUGGCAAGCGUUGGUGAGCUCAGCCUCAAACAAAUCCUAUGUUUGUAGCGCGGCAAUAAUUGCUGAUAAUGCGGUCAUCACGGCAGCUCAUUGUGUUGAAGGGUUAAGAUCAAAGGACAUAGCAAUCGAAGCGGGUGUAUAUAAGUUGCUGUCCCUCUAUGAGAAUCCGAUUCGGAGGCGACCAGCAGCGGCGGUGGCGCGUCACCCCCACUUCAGCAUCGAAAACCUCUCCAACGAUCUGGCCAUCAUUGUCGUGACGCAAACCUUCAAUUUUGACGACCAUAUCAGCAAGAUAUGCUUGCCGUCAACUUCCAAACCCAAAUACGACCAGUCCAGCAACUGUGUAGUGACUGGAUGGGGACGCAAACAGCUCAAGGGUUCGAUUCCAGAAAGUGUGUUACACAAAGUUGAUGUGAAAUUUAUACCAGAAGAUGUGUGCGAAUCGAAAUUGAGAUCUACUAAUCUGGGCAAAUACUUCAUUCUGAACAAAGGAUUUUCAUGUGCUUUACCAAAGAAUCCCUCAGAUUUAUGCAAGGUGGACGUAGGAAGCCCUAUCGCGUGCGAGCGUGGGGAUGGUCAUUACGAGCUGGCCGGGGUGAACAGCUGGGAUGUGGGCUGCCAGACCGACCAGACCCCCACCAUCACAUCCAACCCGGACGCAGAGUGGAUCGACAAGGUCAUUAACACCCCUGCCGAGCAGCUGGCUAUCCAAGAGGAGAAAUACUUCGCCGAUAAACUCAAGGGAGAGUCCAUUGAUGAUGUUGACAUCGACCAGAAGCCUGGAUUUGCGCUCGGCUAUGGAAAGUAGAGUGAACAGAAUGAACCUUGUGUUACUUUAGUGAACCCAGUGAUUAUUUUUAAAUAUAAUAAAACUGAAGGCCAUUAUUUAGCCACAAAAUAAAUUAUUUGUUUAUCAUGAAACUGAAUGCCAUUAGUUGAUCGACUUGAAAAUAAAUUAUUUGUUUUCCAAAA